AUGGAUGAGGAUAGAGAUGAUUACAUCCUUCCAGCUGCAUGGAUGAACAAGAGUCCAUCAGAACUAGCAGAAUCAAAUCUCUUCAUAAUCUCUUGUUUUAUAGCAGGCCUAAUUGGCAUCCUAACAAUCGUCUACACAGCCUUUCAAUGGAGAAGAAACAUCAGUCUUAGUUGGACAAAAGCCAUUGCAGGGACAAAAAAAGAUCCAAAAUCAAUCAUAGAUCUUGUCUCCCCUCAUACAUGGUAUCUAGAAGCCAUAGCUCGUGGAAAAAGCUUAAACUGUUGCGUAUGUCUAAAAUCAAUGUCACCUUCUCAACCCCUUGGACCAAUGGUGUCUUCAGGAAGCUUCAUCCAUAGAUGUAGCAUAUGUGGUGCAUUAGCUCACCUCAAUUGUUCAGCAAAUGCUCAUAAAGAUUGUAAAUGUGUGUCCAUGGUGGGAUCUGACCAUGUUUUACACCAAUGGGCUAUAAGGUGGACUGAGGUGAUAGAUCAACCAGAGGGGUCAUCUUUUUGUACACAUUGUGAAGAGCCAUGUAGUGCUUCUUUCCUUGGUGGAUCACCUAUAUGGUGUUGUUUAUGGUGUCAAAGAUUAAUCCAUGUUGAUUGUCAUAGCAGCAUGUAUCGUGAAACAGGUGAUAUUUGUGACAUGGGUCCUUUUAAAAGAUUGAUUUUAUCCCCUCUUUAUGUUAAAGGACUUGGUAGAUCAUCAUCUGGUGGAAUCUUGAGUUCCAUUACUUAUGGAGCCAAUGAGAUUGCUUCUUCUGUUCGUGCAAGUAUCACAAGUCAAAGUAAGAAAAACAAAGGGAAUUUCAAUCGAGUGAAUUUAGAUAAAGAUAAAGGUAUAGGGGAAUCGUCUACAGAAAGUACACCAGAUGGGAAUAAUGAUGUUAAAGAUGAUGGUGGUAGUGGUGGUGGUGGGAAUAGUAACAGUGACAUGGUCAACAAAAAGUUGACUUUCAGGAAAGAUCAGAGAGAUGAAUCCCAAAAGGUCCAAAUGAUGCAGAGAUAUGAGCUUGUGAACUUGCGUCCUGAUGCAAGACCACUUCUUGUUUUCAUCAACAAAAAAAGUGGUGCUAAACGUGGUGAUUCAAUCAGGCUAAGAAUGAAUAUUCUUUUGAACCCUGUUCAGAUAUUUGAGUUGAGUUCAACAGAAGGGCCAGAAGUUGGACUUUAUCUAUUCAGAAGAGUACCUCAUUUCCGGAUUCUUGUAUGUGGAGGAGAUGGAACAGCAGGGUGGGUAUUGGAUGCAAUUGAGAAGCAAAAUUACGUUUCACCCCCUCCUGUAGCCAUUCUACCUGCUGGAACUGGGAAUGACUUGGCUAGGGUUUUGAAUUGGGGUGGUGGUUUGGGGUCUGUAGAGAGACAAGGAGGACUUUGCAUGAUGCUGCAACACAUGGAGCAUGCUGCAGUUACUGUUCUUGAUAGGUGGAAGAUUUCUAUUGCUAAUCAUAGGGGUCGACCUCUUCGUGCCCCAAAAUUUAUGAAUAAUUAUCUCGGGGUUGGAUGUGAUGCAAAGGUUGCUCUUGAUAUUCACAAUUUGAGGGAAGAGAAUCCAGAGAAAUUCUAUAACCAGUUUAUGAAUAAAGUUCUAUACGCUAGAGAAGGUGCGAGGAGUAUGAUGGAUAGAACACUUGCGGAUUAUCCAUGGCAAGUUCGGGUGGUUGUAGAUGGAGUUGACGUUGAGGUUCCGGAGGAUGCGGAAGGGGUGCUUAUUGCAAAUAUUGGGAGUUAUAUGGGAGGUGUAGACUUGUGGCAAAAUGAAAACGAAAGCAACGAUAAUUUUGACCCUCAGUCUAUGCAUGAUAAAAUGUUGGAAGUUGUGAGCAUAUCAGGAACUUGGCAUCUCGGAAAGCUUCAGGUUGGGCUUUCUCGAGCACGAAGGCUUGCACAAGGGAAGUUAAUAAAGAUUCAGCUUCUUGCACCAUUGCCUGUUCAAAUUGAUGGAGAGCCAUGGUUGCAGUCCCCAUGCACAUUGACCAUUGCACACCAUGGACAGGCUUUCAUGCUGAAAAGAUCAUCUGAGGAACCACUUGGUCAUGCUGCUGGGAUUGUUGCUGAUGUGCUGGAGAAUGCAGAAACGAAUCUUGUGAUCAAUGCAUCUCAGAAGCGAGCUCUACUUCAUGCAAUGGCACUUAGACUGUCAUAGCACCACCAUCAACCACCCUAAAAAGACUUCCUUUCACUUGUAGCAAACGGGAUUUUUGGAUGCUUUGAAUUUGGGACAGAAUGUAGAGACCAAACAACUUACGUAUCUGACCUGUAUAAACUAGUGUUAUACCAUGAGUUGUUUGGAUAUGUGGCUUUUAAUAAUUCAUAAUCAUACG